AUGGACGCCAUAAGGAAGCAGCUCGAUGUGCUCAUGGGAGCGAACCGAAACGGCGACGUUGAGGAGGUGAAUCGCAAGUACUACGACCGCGAUGUGUGCCGUCUUUACUUGUCUGGUCUCUGUCACGAUCUCUGCCAAAUGACGAAAAUGGAUAUAUGGGACCUUGCCCAAAGAUAUCGAGAAGCAAGGGCCAAAGGUGUUGAUAACUACGACAGGGAAUUGGAAGAUGCGAUUGAUAGGCUUAUCGUUGAGUGUGAUCGGAAGAUUCGUAGGGCCCUUAAGCGUCUUCAGGAAGAGGAUGCCAAAGCUGCCAUUGUAAUUUCCGUCUCUCAAGUCACUCAGACACCUGAAAAUCGCGAGUUACCUGAGAAAAUUAAAGAGAAGAUGAAGAGCAUUCUCUGGUUUGCAUGCCACUUUGCAGAUCUUGAAGGCAAAACGGAUCUUAAGAUUAGAGCUCUUGAGUUAGUUGAAGAGAUGAGGACAACAAGAGCUGACCAACAGGCAGUGCUGCUGCUGGAAGCCUUCAACAAAGAUAGAGCAACCUUGCCACAGCCAGUUCCAGCUCAGCCGCCAGCUUCAGCAUUACCCCCACCGGAUCCUCGCACUCAAGAAAUGAUAAAUGAGAAACUGAAGAAGGCAGAAGAAUUUGGCGAACAAGGAAUGGUUGAUGAAGCGCAGAAAGCACUGGAAGAGGCUGAAGCUCUUAAGAAGCUUACAGUUAGACGAGAACCUGCAGUGGAUUCAACGAAGUACACUGCUGUUGAUGUGCGCGUUACGGACCAAAAGCUGCGUCUCUGUGACAUAUGUGGAGCCUUCUUGAGCGUAUAUGACAGUGAUCGUCGUUUAGCUGAUCAUUUUGGUGGGAAGCUUCAUAUGGGUUACAUGCUAGUCCGUGACAAAUUAGCAGAGCUUCAGGAGGAGAAGAACAAUUUCCGCAAGGAAAGAUCAAAGGAACGGAACAGUAAGGAGAGGGAAUCGAGUAAGGACCGGGAGAGAGAGAGAGGAGCUAGUCGUGAACGUGGAAGAGAUUACGAUCGUAGGAGUAGAGAUCGAGAUAGGUACCAUGACCGUGAUCGUGAACAAGACAGAGACUAUGAUCGGUCACACUCGAGAAACAGACGCAGGUCACGGUCUCGGUCCAGAGACAGACCAAGGGACCAUGAUCGCCACAGGCGUCACAACCGCUACUAG